AUGGCGUUCUGCUCAUUUCUUUUAAUUAAAUUUUUUUCCUUUUCCCUAACCUCAAAAUAUGCAAUUUUUAAGGUUACAUUAUUUUGUGGGUCUUUUUUCAUGUUACUUUAUGUUCUACUUCUCAGUCUUUAUUUUUUUGCUCUCUACGGAGUGUUAAAAAGCCUCCGCCCUUCUUUAACUAGUUCAAAAUGCUUCUCUACUCUUUCUAAAAUUAUUCCAAACAUUUUUGUGUUUGUCAUAGCUCUUCUCAUCUUUAUGCUUAUCUGUUCCUCUUUCUACGUCAAUAUUACAACUUUUACUAUUGAAAAUAUUUUUAGUAUAGGAGUAAGAAUUGUUAUGGCAUUUUUUAGUUUAUUCUGUUUUUUUUGUUCUCUAGCUACUUAUUUUUAUUUUUUAAACAAAUUUGUAGCUAAAUUCCCUCUUACAAUGGAUUCUAUUGAGAAAAUUUUUUUUAGUUAG